AUGGAAAAUAUUCCACCAGAAGAUCAACAAGCUGAGGGUGGUCCAGAACCCGAUAUUCCACCAGAAGAUCAACAAGCUGAGGGUGGUCCAGAACCCGCUCUCACUCUUUCAACUCAGUUGAAAGAGUCCGAAGAGCGGGAUAGGACAGACGAGCGAAUUAGAAGGAACUCUCUCUUAAUCUCUGAAUUAAGAGCAGAAGUGUCUUCUCUUAGAGCUCAGAUGGACUCACUCAUGCAGGCACACUCUUCUACAAACAACUUGCCAACAUUUCCUCUGGGAAAUGUUGGCGAAUUCGAGAAGCUGGAGGCGCAUCUGCUGUUAAAUGCAGAAAUGAGGCAAACAUUGUUCAGACGGAAAAUCUUAAUCCUCAAAAAACAAUCCUCAACAAUUUGGAGAGUUCGAGAAGUUGGAAGCGAAUCUGCAGUCAAAUGCAGAAAUGAGGCAAACAUUGAUAUUCCACCAGAAGAUCAACAAGCUGAGGGUGGUCCAGAACCCGAUAUUCCACCAGAAGAUCAACAAGCUGAGGGUGGUCCAGAACCCGCUCUCACUCUUUCAACUCAGUUUGCCAACAAUUUGGAGAGUUCGAGAAAUAUUCCACCAGAAGAUCAACAAGCUGAGGGUGGUCCAGAACCCGAUAUUCCACCAGAAGAUCAACAAGCUGAGGGUGGUCCAGAACCCGCUCUCACUCUUUCAACUCAGUUGAAAGAGUCCGAAGAGCGGGAUAGGACAGACGAGCGAAUUAGAAGAAACUCUCUCUUAAUCUCUGAAUUAAGAGCAGAAGUGUCUUCUCUUAGAGCUCAGAUGGACUCACUCAUGCAGGCACACUCUUCUACAAACAACUUGCCAACAUUUCCUCUGGGAAAUGUUGGCGAAUUCGAGAAGCUGGAGGCGCAUCUGCUCUUAAAUGAAGAAAUGAGGCAAACAUUGUUCAGACGGAAAAUCUCAAUCCUCAAAAAACAAUCCUCAACAAUUUGGAGAGUUCGAGAAGUUGGAAGCGAAUCUGCAGUCAAAUGCAGAAAUGAGGCAAACAUUGAUAUUCCACUAGAAGAUCAACAAGCUGAGGGUGGUCCAGAACCCGAUAUUCCACCAGAAGAUCAACAAGCUGAGGGUGGUCCAGAACCCGAUAUUCCACCAGAAGAUCAACAAGCUGAGGGUGGUCCAGAACCCGGUCUCACUCUUUCAACUCAGUUGAAAGAGUCCGAAGAGCGGGAUAGGACAGACGAGCGAAUUAGAAGGAACUCUCUCUUAAUCUCUGAAUUAAGAGCAGAAGUGUCUUCUCUUAGAGCUCAGAUGGACUCACUCAUGCAGGCACUCUUCUACUCUUCUCCUCUGGGAAAUUUGGCGAAAGAUCAACAAGCUGAGGGUGGUCCAGAACCCGGUCUCACUCUUUCAACUCAGUUGAAAGAGUCCGAUUAG